GGGGUCAGGACAGGGCCACAGGGGGGUCCCACAGCCACGUGAGGCUGUGGGAUGGGGCUGGGGGCUCAAGGCUGCAGUGGGCCCAAGCAGCCCACUGCCCCCCCUUCCCCUGUGCCUAAUGCAGCCCCUCUGGGGGGGCUCCGUGGGGCCCCACAGCCUGCGUGGGAUGGACGUGGUGUGGGGGGCACGGGGGGUUGGGGCUGGGUGCGGGAUGGGAGCAGGGUGCGGGGGCUGCUCUGCUUCUGGGGCAGCUUUGGGUGGGGGCUUUGGUGGCGGGGGGUGGGGGGUUCUCACAUAUCCGUGGGGUCUCGGCUCCGGCUCGCACUGUGGGUGCUGGCGUCCUGCUCCCUGGGGUCCCCGGCACUGGGCAGGCGGGUGGGUCCCAGCAGGGUGACGGGCUGUGUCCCCCAGGGGGCCAGGCUGUGCCCCCACCACCCGGGUCCCCGCUGCCGCCCUGCCUCGCGCCCGCUCACGUGUCCCCCGCGUCCCCGCGCUGGCGCUGAAACCCAAUCCCCCUGCAGAGCCGCGCCGCAGGACGGGGCCGCCAUGGCCGCGCCGCCAGGCACUGGGGUGCGCGGGGCCGCCAGCCUGGCCACCUUCGCCAGCUCCUGCACCCUGCACGGGCUGGGGCACGUCUUCGUGCCCGGCGCCCCCGCCCCGCGCCGCCUGCUCUGGGCCGGCGCCUUCCUGGCCUCGCUGGGCGCCUUCCUGCUGCAGGCCGGGGAGCGGGUCCGGCACUACGCCGCCUACCCCCACGUCACCGUGCUGGACGAGGCGGAGAGCCGCGUCCUCGUCUUCCCCGCCGUCACCCUCUGCAACUACAACCGCAUCCGGCGCUCCCAGCUCACCCCCAACGACCUGUUCUGGCUGGGCAAGGAGCUGCUGGCUGUGGAGCGGGAGGACUUCUCCCGCUACCUGCGGGCGCUGGGGCAGCCCGCGGACUUCACCGGCUUCUUCCCCAGCAAGAGCUACGACCUGGCCGCCUUCUACCAGCGCGCUGGGCACCCCAUCCACGACAUGCUGCUGAGCUGCCGCUUCCGCGGCCGGGACUGCGGCCCCGAGAACUUCACCGCCGUGAGUGCCACCGCCACCACCGUGGCCACUGCCAUGGCCGCUGCCACCACCGUGGCCGUGGCCGACUCGCAGCAGCCCCCAUCCCCAUCCCCAUCCCCAGCCAGCUCUGCCCCUGGG